GAUUUGAUUAACUUUAACGCGUGGGGCAGUUUUAUAGCCAUUUGUUAUCAAAUCAGAGCAAAAGUCCACCUGUUACCAUCAUGUAUUGAGUGUGUUUGCACCAAUACUUGACUUGUGUGCUGAUCUAAAUAGCUUUUAUCUUAUCAUAGAUAAUUUACUGCUUAAAAUGGAACACAUGAGCACAUCAUUUAAAUUUAUCAUACCUGUUCUUGUGAUUAUAGGUGUGUUCCAGAAUUCGCGAAAUAUGGCGCCUCUUAGCCCAAAUGACCCUAAUUCUUUCUCACGACCAGAUUUGGUUGUGGUAAAACAUAUGAAGUUUGUUCUUGGAGCUGACUUCAAGGAAAAAAUUUUCUCUGGAUAUGUGGAAUUAACUGUAGAAAAGAUUGUUGACAGUGCAGAUGAGCUUGUUUUGGACACUCAAGAACUUCACAUCCAAUCUGUGAGUGAUAAAGCCACAGGAGCUGCUUUACAACAUGAGCAAGUCAAUGAUGAGAAAAAUAAGGUGUUUGGAUCCAAGAUGAUUAUAAAAUUACCAGCAGGCAAUAAAUUUGUGAUUAAAAUUGAUUAUAAAACAAGCCCAAGUGCAACCGGCUUACAAUGGCUUCUACCUGCACAAACAGCUGGCAAAGUGCAUCCAUAUGUCUUCAGUCAGUUCCAGGCAAUUGCAGCAAGAAGUUUUGUGCCAUGUCAGGAUACACCCAGUGCUAAAAUCACUUAUGAGGCUGAGAUUUCUUGUCCUAAAGAAUUAAAAGUUGUAAUGUCUGCCAUACCUGUUGGUGACCCCAUUGAAAAUGACAGUGUCAAGAUGUAUUCUUUCAAACAGAAAGUGCCUGUGCAAUCAUAUUUAAUUGCUCUGGCAAUUGGUGCUUUGGAAUCGCGUAAAAUUGGACCGCGUUCUACAGUUCAUGCUGAAAAGGAGAUUAUUGAAGAAUCUGCUAAGGAAUUUGCUGAUACUGAGACUCAGCUGAAGACUGCCGAGGAUAUCUGCGGACCAUAUGUGUGGGGAAUUUAUGAUUUGCUUGUUUUGCCACCCAGUUUUCCAUUUGGAGGCAUGGAAAAUCCAUGUCUGACAUUUGUAACACCAACCUUACUUGCUGGUGAUCGUUCAUUAGUUAAUGUGAUCGGACACGAAAUUGCACACAGCUGGACGGGCAAUUUGGUAACGAACGUCAAUUUCGAACAUUUUUGGUUGAACGAGGGUUUUACUGUCUUCAUUGAGCGAAAAAUCUUGGGUAGAUUACACGGUGAGAAAGUUUUGGACUUUGCCGCUUAUGGAGGCCUUACAACUUUGAAAGACACGGUAAAACAACUUGGUGAACUGAACCCCCUAACGAGUCUGGUUGUGAAAUUGGACGGUGUUCAUCCGGAUGAUUCGUUUUCCAGCAUUCCAUAUGAGAAGGGAUACGUUUUUCUGCGAUAUCUUGAGAAGCUAGUUGGAGGACCCAGUGUAUUUGAGCCUUUUCUGCGCAAAUACUUCGACACCUACAAGUACAAAUCCAUUUCUACUGAUGUCUUCAAGAAGUUCUUCCUGGACUAUUUCGCCGCUAACGCUGCAGUCAAGGAAAUCGAUUGGGAAACUUGGUUGUACAAACCGGGAAUGCCACCUGUUAUUCCAGACUACGAUAAAUCUAUUCUGGACUUGGUGACCAAGAAGAAAGAGGAAUUUCUCAACUGGAAUUCCGAGAGGAGAGCUAAUUUUCCGUUCAGUAUUGAUGAGUUAUCUAGUGAACAGAAAAUUCAACUGUUGCAUGAAAUCGUUAAUAGCGGUCCACAACCCAUUCCAAAGUUGCAAAUGUGGGAGCAUACAUGGAACAUGUCCAAGGUGCAGAAUGCCGAAAUUAAAUUUGCUUGGUUGCGCAUUGGACUUAUUUCAAAGUGGAAAGAUAUUGUUCAACCGGCUCUGGAUUUUGUUAAUGAUGUUGGCAGAAUGAAGUAUACUCGGCCGAUUUAUCGCGAUUUUUAUGCUUGGGAAGAAGUUAGGCCGCAGGCUAUUGAAAAUUUCAACAGGCAUAAGAAGUUUAUGAUGCAUGUGUCAGCUUUUACAUUGGAAAAAGAUUUGCAUUUAAAAUAAGUGUUAUAUGUAAUUUUUCAUUUAUAUCCUUAUGAUAAAUGUACUGAUUAAAAAAUAAUUCAAUAUAAUGUUUAUAUUUGAAA